AACUUCCGACGACGUAUCAUCCAUUUCUAUAGCUCUAUUCGAUUUUAAGCCCAAUAUAGUACGCGCUAAGGACUUCUGCUUCUACAGCUCCAAUUAAAUCUCCAGCUAUGUCGAAGACAGACGAACCAGCAAUCGGAAUUCCCGUUAAUACGGCAUAUCAGGCGCCUGUCCCGCCACCGCAGCCGCAGUACUUCGUUAACGAAAACGCUUACCAUGCCGCCGGCAUACCUUUGAGCGCCAUCGUCGGAGACCCAAAGGGAGUCCCGAUUCAGCAGACCAUAUACAGAGACACUCCGGCACCGUUCAAUUGCCUCCACUGUGGAAAUACAGGGCUGACUGUCGUCAAGUCAAAACCAAGUUUAGCAGCUUGUGUUGCAUGUAUGAUGCCAAUGAUGCUUGGAGUUUGCUUUCUCUGCCCUUCAAUGGAUUGUCUUUGGCAUAAAUACCAUUACUGUCCAACUUGCAACGAAAAAGUUGCUGAUUUUGAGAAAUCGGAUCCUUGUAUAGUUGUCGACCCUCCACAGUGGUCGCAAGAAAGUUUUGCCUUACCUGCAGUUUGAUUCUUUGUUUAUGCUCAUAUAUCCCUGUGUAUUUGAUUCUCCACACAUACAAAUAUUGUAAUAUUCUAAUAUCAAAGUUAUCUUUUCUGCUCAAGAAAACUGGAUGUACUACUUACUUCCUAACUGUUUUGAGUAUGCAAAACUUUAUAUCAUAUGGCUAUAUGUAGAACAUAUGUGAUAUGUUGUUGACAUAUCACACCACAAAUUCUGAUUAUCUCUCUUUUUUUUCCACAAACA